AGAGGGCGCUUUAAAUCGCUCAGCCACGUAAGUCAGGGUCGUAUUUUCCUUCAUUGUGUUAUUUUAUUACAAUAAUUUCACUAUUCGGGAUAAUAUGUGAGAAUGAUAUAACAUCACACACAGUGUACAAUAAGUUUCUUGUGUUGUAACGUAUCUCCGUCUUCGAUUAAAGAAUCAUGUCAAACGUACAACCAAGUUCGUACAACAAUACCUCGGGAGUACCACAGACAAAUGUGAACCCUGGACUGCAGUAUUCAAGCCAAUUUAAUGCACAGUCUCAGCAGCCAAUAUUGAAACAAGAUGCAAACUCAAAUAGCCCUGUGCCAGGAUUUGUUAGUCCUACCAACCAAGGACAAAUUACUCAGUUUAGCCAGAGUGCAAGUAGUUCACCCGCCUUUAAUCAUCCAGGAAUAAUACCUCAACCAUUAUCUGGAUUUAAUUCUUCAUCAAUAGGACUAUCAAUCAAACCUGGUCUUGCAACUUCAAAUCAGAACAUUUCUCAAAACAUUCCUGCAUCUGUACCUAACUCUAGUUCUAUUAAUAAUUCUAAUUCUUCACCAUACCAUCCAAAAUAUCAACAACAGCUUCAGAUAAAUGACAAUGCACCACCUCUUAUUCCAUCUAGUCAGUUUAACCAAUCAAUAAUUAAUGGUCCGCCAUUGAGCUCUUCUCCCAUGAGUCAACCAUUACCUCAGCAGUUGACAUCAAGUUCUUAUAGUCCUAUGACUAAUAGACCUGUGAAUUCUAAUAUUGCAUCUGGACCAAUAAACCCCACUGCAUCCCAAUACCAAUCUAGCUUUCCUCCUUCAUCUUUACCGCCUGGGUCUUUCACUAGUCAACCAAGUAUGCCAUAUUCACGGCCGCCACUUACUGGACAUCCAAGAAAUAGUCCUUUGUUUGGUCCACCGAUGAAUGUACCCCCCACCUCCAGUGGGCAGCCUAUGGGCUUAGUUGGACCUCCAAGACCAAUUGGGCUUAAUGGACCUACUGGUAAUAUGCCUGGCCAGUCUGUAGGACCACCUCAGAGUAUAGGGCCUGUAGGUGGUCCUCCUUCUGGACCAACAUCUUUACCCCAUCUAUCAAUGAAACCACCUUCUGGAACUCAUAUUCUUAAUCAACAAUAUCCUGGUCAACAAUACAAUGGUCCUUUGGGAUUAGGUCAAACAACACCUUCAUCAGCUGGACCAAUGACAUCUAAAACAUAUAGUGGACCUACAAGUUUGCAGAUGGGACAACAAGUACAGCCGCAAGUCCAAAGUUUGCCACAAAUGGGUAAAUCUGCUAAUGCCUCACCAGGCCCUCCAGUGGGUUUGACUGGACCACCGAGGUCUAAUAUACAGAGUCGAUACCCUCAAAUGCCUCCAAGUGGUUACACUAACCAUCAACAACCACAAGCGCAACCCCAGGGAGUCAGCAAGCAACCUCCGUCACCUUACACUCCGCAAGGAAUUACACAACAAAUGGGUCAACUGAGUGUGACGAAACAAGGAUUUGAUCAACUCUGGGGGCACCAGAUGGUAGACCUGAUGCAGAGUAGACAUAUCCUUCCAGAAUACCCUGAAGAUCCACCAGAGAUAAGGCUUGGUCAUCAGUUUGCUGAUGCUCCCAAUUGCAGUCCUGAAAUUUUUCGAUGUACAAUAAACCGUAUACCGGAGACCAAUUCGUUACUACAGAAGUGCAGACUGCCGCUGGGAAUUCUAAUUCAUCCUUUCAAGGAUCUUGAUUCUUUGCCGGUGAUACAGUGCACGACGAUAGUCCGUUGUCGCGCGUGUCGUACCUACAUCAACCCGUUCGUGUACUUUGUGGACUCGAAGCGAUGGAAGUGCAACCUUUGUUACAGGGUCAACGACUUGCCCGAAGAGUUCCAGUACGACCCAGUCAGUAAAUCGUACGGAGAGCCAACGCGACGUCCGGAAAUUAAAUCGGCGACGAUCGAGUUCAUCGCGCCCGGCGAGUAUAUGCUGCGCCCGCCGCAACCCGCCGUGUACCUGUUCCUCUUCGAUGUAUCGCAGAUAGCAAGGGACUCCGGAUACUUGCAGGUGGUGUGUGACACGCUGAAGGAGAAGUUAGAGGAGUUGCCUGGCGAUGCGCGGACGCAAGUUGGCUUCAUCUGCUAUGACGCACAUGUGCACUACUAUCUCAUGGGCGAAGGCCUUACGAGGCCCAAAGAGAUGACCGUGCUCGAUAUCGAUGAUGUAUUUUUGCCAUCACCUGAAUCCUUGUUGGUGAAUCUGGGUGAAUGUCGUGAGAUGAUAAAGGAGUUGUUAACUGUUUUGCCUAAGAGGUAUUCUACUCCAGGAGUACCAGUGUCAGCCCUAGGAGCCGCCUUGCUAGCGGCAUACAAGCUAAUGGCUCCAACUGGAGGACGUAUCACAGUAUUCCAAACUUGUCUCCCUAACAUCGGACCGGGAGCUUUGCAAUCAAGAGAAGAUCCGAAUGCUCGGUCAUCGAAAGAAGUUGCCCACUUAAACCCAGCUAGCGACUUCUACAAGCGGCUGGCGUUAGACUGCAGUGGAGCACAGGUUGCAGUAGACUUGUUUCUGCUCAGUUCGCAGUACUGCGAUCUUGCCACACUCAGCGGAAUGAGCAAGUUCAGCGCUGGCACAGUAUACCACAUCCCAUUGUUCCGGGCAGCUCGCAACUGGCAGGCUGAACAACUGACGCGUAUGCUUACGCGAUACCUCACCAGGAAGAUCGGGUUUGAAGCUGUCAUGCGGGUCAGAUGUACGAGGGGCAUUUCAAUUCACACGUUCCACGGCAAUUUCUUCGUCCGCUCUACGGAUCUGCUGUCUUUACCAAAUGUUUCACCUGAUGCUGGUUUCGGAAUGCAGCUGACGAUAGAAGAAUCACUGUCGGACUUGCAACAAGUUUGCUUCCAAGCUGCUUUGCUGUACACUAGUAGUAAAGGUGAAAGAAGAAUACGUGUUCAUACGCUAGCGUUACCUAUAGCGAGCAAUUUGACUGAAGUACUGCACGCGGCGGACCAACAGUGUAUCAUAGGCUUGCUAAGUAAAAUGGCGGUGGAUCGAUGCGCGUCGGCGUCGAUGUCGGAAGCGCGCGAAGCGCUGAUGAACGUGGCGGUGGACGCGCUUUCGGCACACAGGCUGUCGCAGAACCUGCCGGCGGGCAACGUGAGCAGCGCGCUGUACGCGCCUGCCUCGCUGCGCCUGCUGCCGCUCUACUUGCUGGCCUUACUCAAGCGGAAAGCGUUCCGCACGGGCACGUCGACACGUCUCGACGAGCGCGUGGCGGACAUGUGCGCGCUGAAGUCGCUGCCGCUGUCGCAGCUGAUGCGCCUGGUGUACCCCGAGCUGUACGCGCUGCACGACCUGAGCGAGCACGCGUCGCGCCCCGAGGAGGACGACGACGACGAGCCCACGCCGGAGCCCCCGCGCCUGCACCUCUCCGCCGAACGGAUCAGUUCGAAUGGCGCGUACCUGUUGGACGACGGCGAGACGAUGAUCAUCUACGUGUGCUGCAACGUGAGCGCGGCGUUCCUGUCGGAGACGUUCGGCGUGGCCGCGUUCAGCCAGCUGGCAGACGAGGCGCGCAGCGUGCCGCGCCUGCAGACCGCCGGCAGCCGCCUGCUGCACGCGCUGCUCGACCGCCUCAACGAGGAGCGGCCCUACCCCGCCGGCCUGCUCGUGCUCAGGGAUAACUCACCAUCACGGCAACAGUUCAUCGAGCGCUUAGUGGACGACAGAGUUGAGUCCGCGUUCUCCUACUACGAGUUCUUACAACACGUGAAGAAUCAAGUGAAAUGAGUCGAGAGUGACUUGUGAGUGACUUCACAAUUCCGCGCUAUGGCUGGACACUUAUACAUGUGCUAGCACUAGUUAGAAUACGAUACGAACAUUAUAGUGAUAUUUGGAAUUUUAUCGCGACACUGCCCUUAAUACAUCCUAAUCAACUGUUUUAAUAUUCAAAUGGUAGCUUUGCGAUAGAUGAAAGAACGGCUUUGUUGUAUAUUGCUUGGAAAUUUGAUUAAAUUGGGAUUGGUCGAUGUCAAUAAAUGUUGUUGGUGUUUUGCGGGAGUUUAAAGAUUUCUGAUAGUCUCAUGAACGAUUUAGAAUCAAAACAAUAUUACUUCGUAGUGGUUUUCAGUUUACGAUAAAUUUUUAUACACCAUUGAAUUUUUUAGAUAUGGUAAAAUAUUUUAAAUUAUUAUAUUUUUUAGGUUAAAUUCAAAUGAUUGAGGCUAUCAAGAAGUUAUAUAUAGUAUGUUUACGAUUGUUUAGAUAGUAUGAAAUAGUAUGAAUGAAAUUGUAUUAUAAAAUCGACUAUGAUGAAAUAAAUAUUUAAAUUACCAAAAAAAAUGAUUGUAAAUUGUUACCUUAUUCAGUGGGUUCUUGGAAAAUUGUAUUCGUUACAAAUUCCGUAAUUAGAUUAUACACACUCGAAAGGUAUGUCGCUUAAAAACAUCGUGAAAUGGAACAAAUGGUAUAGAUGCCUUUUAUAACCUUCAAAUUCCUUUUUUAUAUAAAUAUUUCUUAUCUUAAAGUUAUAGUAAUAAAUAUAUAGAUAGUCAUAUAUAAAUAGUUAUGGCCCAACCAGAAGAGUGAAAACUUUAUGAACUCAAGUUUUCUAUG